AUGGAGGAACGUUCUUGGGGAUUAGCUGGGGGGAGCAUGGGGAGUUGUGAGGGCGGGAAUCAGUCGGGGGAAGCAUGGGGAGUUGGGGGGAUGGGGAUCAGUUGGGUGGGGGAGCAGUUGGGAGCGUUCCUUUCUUCCCUCCCUCCCUUCCUUCACUUCCUCAUGUUCCCUCCCUUCCCUCCUCUUCCCUCCUUUCCCUUCUCUUCCAUCCCCUUCCUUCCUCUUCCCUCCCCUUACCUCCAUUUCCCUCCCUUUCCCUUCUCUUCCCACCCCUUCCCUCCUCCUCCCUCCCUUUCAACCACUCCUCACCUGCUGACAUCCCCCCUUGUCCCCUUCUCGGUCCUUCCGCCUCUCCUUCUCCUCUCCCUCCCUACCUCCUCCCCCAGUGGCGGACAGGUCAUUGAGGGCCAUCGUCUCGCUGCCCACUAUGGUUUCCUUCCUUUCCCUUACCUGCCCUCCUGUACCCUCACCUCACCUGGCCUCACCUGCCCUCCUGUACCCUCACCUCACCUGGCCUCACCUGCCCUCCUGUACCCUCACCUCACCUGGCCUCACCUGCCCUCCUGUACCCUCACCUCACCUGGCCUCACCUGCCCUCCUGUACCCUCACCUCACCUGGCCUCACCUGCCCUCCUGUACCCUCACCUCACCUGGCCUCACCUGCCCUCCUGUACCCUCACCUCACCUGGCCUCACCUGCCCUCCUGUACCCUCACCUCACCUGGCCUCACCUGCCCUCCUGUACCCUCACCUCACCUGGCCUCACCUGCCCUCCUGUACCCUCACCUCACCUGGCCUCACCUGCCCUCCUGUACCCUCACCUCACCUGGCCUCACCUGCCCUCCUGUACCCUCACCUCACCUGGCCUCACCUGCCCUCCUGUACCCUCACCUCACCUGGCCUCACCUGCCCUCCUGUACCCUCACCUCACCUGGCCUCACCUGCCCUCCUGUACCCUCACCUCACCUGGCCUCACCUGCCCUCCUGUACCCUCACCUCACCUGGCCUCACCUGCCCUCCUGUACCCUCACCUCACCUGGCCUCACCUGCCCUCCUGUACCCUCACCUCACCUGGCCUCACCUGCCCUCCUGUACCCUCACCUCACCUGGCCUCACCUGCCCUCCUGUACCCUCACCUCACCUGGCCUCACCUGCCCUCCUGUACCCUCACCUCACCUGGCCUCACCUGCCCUCCUGUACCCUCACCUCACCUGGCCUCACCUGCCCUCCUGUACCCUCACCUCACCUGGCCUCACCUGCCCUCCUGUACCCUCACCUCACCUGGCCUCACCUGCCCUCCUGUACCCUCACCUCACCUGGCCUCACCUGCCCUCCUGUACCCUCACCUCACCUGGCCUCACCUGCCCUCCUGUACCCUCACCUCACCUGGCCUCACCUGCCCUCCUGUACCCUCACCUCACCUGGCCUCACCUGCCCUCCUGUACCCUCACCUCACCUGGCCUCACCUGCCCUCCUGUACCCUCACCUCACCUGGCCUCACCUGCCCUCCUGUACCCUCACCUCACCUGGCCUCACCUGCCCUCCUGUACCCUCACCUCACCUGGCCUCACCUGCCCUCCUGUACCCUCACCUCACCUGGCCUCACCUGCCCUCCUGUACCCUCACCUCACCUGGCCUCACCUGCCCUCCUGUACCCUCACCUCACCUGGCCUCACCUGCCCUCCUGUACCCUCACCUCACCUGGCCUCACCUGCCCUCCUGUACCCUCACCUCACCUGGCCUCACCUGCCCUCCUGUACCCUCACCUCACCUGGCCUCACCUGCCCUCCUGUACCCUCACCUCACCUGGCCUCACCUGCCCUCCUGUACCCUCACCUCACCUGGCCUCACCUGCCCUCCUGUACCCUCACCUCACCUGGCCUCACCUGCCCUCCUGUACCCUCACCUCACCUGGCCUCACCUGCCCUCCUGUACCCUCACCUCACCUGGCCUCACCUGCCCUCCUGUACCCUCACCUCACCUGGCCUCACCUGCCCUCCUGUACCCUCACCUCACCUGGCCUCACCUGCCCUCCUGUACCCUCACCUCACCUGGCCUCACCUGCCCUCCUGUACCCUCACCUCACCUGGCCUCACCUGCCCUCCUGUACCCUCACCUCACCUGGCCUCACCUGCCCUCCUGUACCCUCACCUCACCUGGCCUCACCUGCCCUCCUGUACCCUCACCUCACCUGGCCUCACCUGCCCUCCUGUACCCUCACCUCACCUGGCCUCACCUGCCCUCCUGUACCCUCACCUCACCUGGCCUCACCUGCCCUCCUGUACCCUCACCUCACCUGGCCUCACCUGCCCUCCUGUACCCUCACCUCACCUGGCCUCACCUGCCCUCCUGUACCCUCACCUCACCUGGCCUCACCUGCCCUCCUGUACCCUCACCUCACCUGGCCUCACCUGCCCUCCUGUACCCUCACCUCACCUGGCCUCACCUGCCCUCCUGUACCCUCACCUCACCUGGCCUCACCUGCCCUCCUGUACCCUCACCUCACCUGGCCUCACCUGCCCUCCUGUACCCUCACCUCACCUGGCCUCACCUGCCCUCCUGUACCCUCACCUCACCUGGCCUCACCUGCCCUCCUGUACCCUCACCUCACCUGGCCUCACCUGCCCUCCUGUACCCUCACCUCACCUGGCCUCACCUGCCCUCCUGUACCCUCACCUCACCUGGCCUCACCUGCCCUCCUGUACCCUCACCUCACCUGGCCUCACCUGCCCUCCUGUACCCUCACCUCACCUGGCCUCACCUGCCCUCCUGUACCCUCACCUCACCUGGCCUCACCUGCCCUCCUGUACCCUCACCUCACCUGGCCUCACCUGCCCUCCUGUACCCUCACCUCACCUGGCCUCACCUGCCCUCCUGUACCCUCACCUCACCUGGCCUCACCUGCCCUCCUGUACCCUCACCUCACCUGGCCUCACCUGCCCUCCUGUACCCUCACCUCACCUGGCCUCACCUGCCCUCCUGUACCCUCACCUCACCUGGCCUCACCUGCCCUCCUGUACCCUCACCUCACCUGGCCUCACCUGCCCUCCUGUACCCUCACCUCACCUGGCCUCACCUGCCCUCCUGUACCCUCACCUCACCUGGCCUCACCUGCCCUCCUGUACCCUCACCUCACCUGGCCUCACCUGCCCUCCUGUACCCUCACCUCACCUGGCCUCACCUGCCCUCCUGUACCCUCACCUCACCUGGCCUCACCUGCCCUCCUGUACCCUCACCUCACCUGGCCUCACCUGCCCUCCUGUACCCUCACCUCACCUGGCCUCACCUGCCCUCCUGUACCCUCACCUCACCUGGCCUCACCUGCCCUCCUGUACCCUCACCUCACCUGGCCUCACCUGCCCUCCUGUACCCUCACCUCACCUGGCCUCACCUGCCCUCCUGUACCCUCACCUCACCUGGCCUCACCUGCCCUCCUGUACCCUCACCUCACCUGGCCUCACCUGCCCUCCUGUACCCUCACCUCACCUGGCCUCACCUGCCCUCCUGUACCCUCACCUCACCUGGCCUCACCUGCCCUCCUGUACCCUCACCUCACCUGGCCUCACCUGCCCUCCUGUACCCUCACCUCACCUGGCCUCACCUGCCCUCCUGUACCCUCACCUCACCUGGCCUCACCUGCCCUCCUGUACCCUCACCUCACCUGGCCUCACCUGCCCUCCUGUACCCUCACCUCACCUGGCCUCACCUGCCCUCCUGUACCCUCACCUCACCUGGCCUCACCUGCCCUCCUGUACCCUCACCUCACCUGGCCUCACCUGCCCUCCUGUACCCUCACCUCACCUGGCCUCACCUGCCCUCCUGUACCCUCACCUCACCUGGCCUCACCUGCCCUCCUGUACCCUCACCUCACCUGGCCUCACCUGCCCUCCUGUACCCUCACCUCACCUGGCCUCACCUGCCCUCCUGUACCCUCACCUCACCUGGCCUCACCUGCCCUCCUGUACCCUCACCUCACCUGGCCUCACCUGCCCUCCUGUACCCUCACCUCACCUGGCCUCACCUGCCCUCCUGUACCCUCACCUCACCUGGCCUCACCUGCCCUCCUGUACCCUCACCUCACCUGGCCUCACCUGCCCUCCUGUACCCUCACCUCACCUGGCCUCACCUGCCCUCCUGUACCCUCACCUCACCUGGCCUCACCUGCCCUCCUGUACCCUCACCUCACCUGGCCUCACCUGCCCUCCUGUACCCUCACCUCACCUGGCCUCACCUGCCCUCCUGUACCCUCACCUCACCUGGCCUCACCUGCCCUCCUGUACCCUCACCUCACCUGGCCUCACCUGCCCUCCUGUACCCUCACCUCACCUGGCCUCACCUGCCCUCCUGUACCCUCACCUCACCUGGCCUCACCUGCCCUCCUGUACCCUCACCUCACCUGGCCUCACCUGCCCUCCUGUACCCUCACCUCACCUGGCCUCACCUGCCCUCCUGUACCCUCACCUCACCUGGCCUCACCUGCCCUCCUGUACCCUCACCUCACCUGGCCUCACCUGCCCUCCUGUACCCUCACCUCACCUGGCCUCACCUGCCCUCCUGUACCCUCACCUCACCUGGCCUCACCUGCCCUCCUGUACCCUCACCUCACCUGGCCUCACCUGCCCUCCUGUACCCUCACCUCACCUGGCCUCACCUGCCCUCCUGUACCCUCACCUCACCUGGCCUCACCUGCCCUCCUGUACCCUCACCUCACCUGGCCUCACCUGCCCUCCUGUACCCUCACCUCACCUGGCCUCACCUGCCCUCCUGUACCCUCACCUCACCUGGCCUCACCUGCCCUCCUGUACCCUCACCUCACCUGGCCUCACCUGCCCUCCUGUACCCUCACCUCACCUGGCCUCACCUGCCCUCCUGUACCCUCACCUCACCUGGCCUCACCUGCCCUCCUGUACCCUCACCUCACCUGGCCUCACCUGCCCUCCUGUACCCUCACCUCACCUGGCCUCACCUGCCCUCCUGUACCCUCACCUCACCUGGCCUCACCUGCCCUCCUGUACCCUCACCUCACCUGGCCUCACCUGCCCUCCUGUACCCUCACCUCACCUGGCCUCACCUGCCCUCCUGUACCCUCACCUCACCUGGCCUCACCUGCCCUCCUGUACCCUCACCUCACCUGGCCUCACCUGCCCUCCUGUACCCUCACCUCACCUGGCCUCACCUGCCCUCCUGUACCCUCACCUCACCUGGCCUCACCUGCCCUCCUGUACCCUCACCUCACCUGGCCUCACCUGCCCUCCUGUACCCUCACCUCACCUGGCCUCACCUGCCCUCCUGUACCCUCACCUCACCUGGCCUCACCUGCCCUCCUGUACCCUCACCUCACCUGGCCUCACCUGCCCUCCUGUACCCUCACCUCACCUGGCCUCACCUGCCCUCCUGUACCCUCACCUCACCUGGCCUCACCUGCCCUCCUGUACCCUCACCUCACCUGGCCUCACCUGCCCUCCUGUACCCUCACCUCACCUGGCCUCACCUGCCCUCCUGUACCCUCACCUCACCUGGCCUCACCUGCCCUCCUGUACCCUCACCUCACCUGGCCUCACCUGCCCUCCUGUACCCUCACCUCACCUGGCCUCACCUGCCCUCCUGUACCCUCACCUCACCUGGCCUCACCUGCCCUCCUGUACCCUCACCUCACCUGGCCUCACCUGCCCUCCUGUACCCUCACCUCACCUGGCCUCACCUGCCCUCCUGUACCCUCACCUCACCUGGCCUCACCUGCCCUCCUGUACCCUCACCUCACCUGGCCUCACCUGCCCUCCUGUACCCUCACCUCACCUGGCCUCACCUGCCCUCCUGUACCCUCACCUCACCUGGCCUCACCUGCCCUCCUGUACCCUCACCUCACCUGGCCUCACCUGCCCUCCUGUACCCUCACCUCACCUGGCCUCACCUGCCCUCCUGUACCCUCACCUCACCUGGCCUCACCUGCCCUCCUGUACCCUCACCUCACCUGGCCUCACCUGCCCUCCUGUACCCUCACCUCACCUGGCCUCACCUGCCCUCCUGUACCCUCACCUCACCUGGCCUCACCUGCCCUCCUGUACCCUCACCUCACCUGGCCUCACCUGCCCUCCUGUACCCUCACCUCACCUGGCCUCACCUGCCCUCCUGUACCCUCACCUCACCUGGCCUCACCUGCCCUCCUGUACCCUCACCUCACCUGGCCUCACCUGCCCUCCUGUACCCUCACCUCACCUGGCCUCACCUGCCCUCCUGUACCCUCACCUCACCUGGCCUCACCUGCCCUCCUGUACCCUCACCUCACCUGGCCUCACCUGCCCUCCUGUACCCUCACCUCACCUGGCCUCACCUGCCCUCCUGUACCCUCACCUCACCUGGCCUCACCUGCCCUCCUGUACCCUCACCUCACCUGGCCUCACCUGCCCUCCUGUACCCUCACCUCACCUGGCCUCACCUGCCCUCCUGUACCCUCACCUCACCUGGCCUCACCUGCCCUCCUGUACCCUCACCUCACCUGGCCUCACCUGCCCUCCUGUACCCUCACCUCACCUGGCCUCACCUGCCCUCCUGUACCCUCACCUCACCUGGCCUCACCUGCCCUCCUGUACCCUCACCUCACCUGGCCUCACCUGCCCUCCUGUACCCUCACCUCACCUGGCCUCACCUGCCCUCCUGUACCCUCACCUCACCUGGCCUCACCUGCCCUCCUGUACCCUCACCUCACCUGGCCUCACCUGCCCUCCUGUACCCUCACCUCACCUGGCCUCACCUGCCCUCCUGUACCCUCACCUCACCUGGCCUCACCUGCCCUCCUGUACCCUCACCUCACCUGGCCUCACCUGCCCUCCUGUACCCUCACCUCACCUGGCCUCACCUGCCCUCCUGUACCCUCACCUCACCUGGCCUCACCUGCCCUCCUGUACCCUCACCUCACCUGGCCUCACCUGCCCUCCUGUACCCUCACCUCACCUGGCCUCACCUGCCCUCCUGUACCCUCACCUCACCUGGCCUCACCUGCCCUCCUGUACCCUCACCUCACCUGGCCUCACCUGCCCUCCUGUACCCUCACCUCACCUGGCCUCACCUGCCCUCCUGUACCCUCACCUCACCUGGCCUCACCUGCCCUCCUGUACCCUCACCUCACCUGGCCUCACCUGCCCUCCUGUACCCUCACCUCACCUGGCCUCACCUGCCCUCCUGUACCCUCACCUCACCUGGCCUCACCUGCCCUCCUGUACCCUCACCUCACCUGGCCUCACCUGCCCUCCUGUACCCUCACCUCACCUGGCCUCACCUGCCCUCCUGUACCCUCACCUCACCUGGCCUCACCUGCCCUCCUGUACCCUCACCUCACCUGGCCUCACCUGCCCUCCUGUACCCUCACCUCACCUGGCCUCACCUGCCCUCCUGUACCCUCACCUCACCUGGCCUCACCUGCCCUCCUGUACCCUCACCUCACCUGGCCUCACCUGCCCUCCUGUACCCUCACCUCACCUGGCCUCACCUGCCCUCCUGUACCCUCACCUCACCUGGCCUCACCUGCCCUCCUGUACCCUCACCUCACCUGGCCUCACCUGCCCUCCUGUACCCUCACCUCACCUGGCCUCACCUGCCCUCCUGUACCCUCACCUCACCUGGCCUCACCUGCCCUCCUGUACCCUCACCUCACCUGGCCUCACCUGCCCUCCUGUACCCUCACCUCACCUGGCCUCACCUGCCCUCCUGUACCCUCACCUCACCUGGCCUCACCUGCCCUCCUGUACCCUCACCUCACCUGGCCUCACCUGCCCUCCUGUACCCUCACCUCACCUGGCCUCACCUGCCCUCCUGUACCCUCACCUCACCUGGCCUCACCUGCCCUCCUGUACCCUCACCUCACCUGGCCUCACCUGCCCUCCUGUACCCUCACCUCACCUGGCCUCACCUGCCCUCCUGUACCCUCACCUCACCUGGCCUCACCUGCCCUCCUGUACCCUCACCUCACCUGGCCUCACCUGCCCUCCUGUACCCUCACCUCACCUGGCCUCACCUGCCCUCCUGUACCCUCACCUCACCUGGCCUCACCUGCCCUCCUGUACCCUCACCUCACCUGGCCUCACCUGCCCUCCUGUACCCUCACCUCACCUGGCCUCACCUGCCCUCCUGUACCCUCACCUCACCUGGCCUCACCUGCCCUCCUGUACCCUCACCUCACCUGGCCUCACCUGCCCUCCUGUACCCUCACCUCACCUGGCCUCACCUGCCCUCCUGUACCCUCACCUCACCUGGCCUCACCUGCCCUCCUGUACCCUCACCUCACCUGGCCUCACCUGCCCUCCUGUACCCUCACCUCACCUGGCCUCACCUGCCCUCCUGUACCCUCACCUCACCUGGCCUCACCUGCCCUCCUGUACCCUCACCUCACCUGGCCUCACCUGCCCUCCUGUACCCUCACCUCACCUGGCCUCACCUGCCCUCCUGUACCCUCACCUCACCUGGCCUCACCUGCCCUCCUGUACCCUCACCUCACCUGGCCUCACCUGCCCUCCUGUACCCUCACCUCACCUGGCCUCACCUGCCCUCCUGUACCCUCACCUCACCUGGCCUCACCUGCCCUCCUGUACCCUCACCUCACCUGGCCUCACCUGCCCUCCUGUACCCUCACCUCACCUGGCCUCACCUGCCCUCCUGUACCCUCACCUCACCUGGCCUCACCUGCCCUCCUGUACCCUCACCUCACCUGGCCUCACCUGCCCUCCUGUACCCUCACCUCACCUGGCCUCACCUGCCCUCCUGUACCCUCACCUCACCUGGCCUCACCUGCCCUCCUGUACCCUCACCUCACCUGGCCUCACCUGCCCUCCUGUACCCUCACCUCACCUGGCCUCACCUGCCCUCCUGUACCCUCACCUCACCUGGCCUCACCUGCCCUCCUGUACCCUCACCUCACCUGGCCUCACCUGCCCUCCUGUACCCUCACCUCACCUGGCCUCACCUGCCCUCCUGUACCCUCACCUCACCUGGCCUCACCUGCCCUCCUGUACCCUCACCUCACCUGGCCUCACCUGCCCUCCUGUACCCUCACCUCACCUGGCCUCACCUGCCCUCCUGUACCCUCACCUCACCUGGCCUCACCUGCCCUCCUGUACCCUCACCUCACCUGGCCUCACCUGCCCUCCUGUACCCUCACCUCACCUGGCCUCACCUGCCCUCCUGUACCCUCACCUCACCUGGCCUCACCUGCCCUCCUGUACCCUCACCUCACCUGGCCUCACCUGCCCUCCUGUACCCUCACCUCACCUGGCCUCACCUGCCCUCCUGUACCCUCACCUCACCUGGCCUCACCUGCCCUCCUGUACCCUCACCUCACCUGGCCUCACCUGCCCUCCUGUACCCUCACCUCACCUGGCCUCACCUGCCCUCCUGUACCCUCACCUCACCUGGCCUCACCUGCCCUCCUGUACCCUCACCUCACCUGGCCUCACCUGCCCUCCUGUACCCUCACCUCACCUGGCCUCACCUGCCCUCCUGUACCCUCACCUCACCUGGCCUCACCUGCCCUCCUGUACCCUCACCUCACCUGGCCUCACCUGCCCUCCUGUACCCUCACCUCACCUGGCCUCACCUGCCCUCCUGUACCCUCACCUCACCUGGCCUCACCUGCCCUCCUGUACCCUCACCUCACCUGGCCUCACCUGCCCUCCUGUACCCUCACCUCACCUGGCCUCACCUGCCCUCCUGUACCCUCACCUCACCUGGCCUCACCUGCCCUCCUGUACCCUCACCUCACCUGGCCUCACCUGCCCUCCUGUACCCUCACCUCACCUGGCCUCACCUGCCCUCCUGUACCCUCACCUCACCUGGCCUCACCUGCCCUCCUGUACCCUCACCUCACCUGGCCUCACCUGCCCUCCUGUACCCUCACCUCACCUGGCCUCACCUGCCCUCCUGUACCCUCACCUCACCUGGCCUCACCUGCCCUCCUGUACCCUCACCUCACCUGGCCUCACCUGCCCUCCUGUACCCUCACCUCACCUGGCCUCACCUGCCCUCCUGUACCCUCACCUCACCUGGCCUCACCUGCCCUCCUGUACCCUCACCUCACCUGGCCUCACCUGCCCUCCUGUACCCUCACCUCACCUGGCCUCACCUGCCCUCCUGUACCCUCACCUCACCUGGCCUCACCUGCCCUCCUGUACCCUCACCUCACCUGGCCUCACCUGCCCUCCUGUACCCUCACCUCACCUGGCCUCACCUGCCCUCCUGUACCCUCACCUCACCUGGCCUCACCUGCCCUCCUGUACCCUCACCUCACCUGGCCUCACCUGCCCUCCUGUACCCUCACCUCACCUGGCCUCACCUGCCCUCCUGUACCCUCACCUCACCUGGCCUCACCUGCCCUCCUGUACCCUCACCUCACCUGGCCUCACCUGCCCUCCUGUACCCUCACCUCACCUGGCCUCACCUGCCCUCCUGUACCCUCACCUCACCUGGCCUCACCUGCCCUCCUGUACCCUCACCUCACCUGGCCUCACCUGCCCUCCUGUACCCUCACCUCACCUGGCCUCACCUGCCCUCCUGUACCCUCACCUCACCUGGCCUCACCUGCCCUCCUGUACCCUCACCUCACCUGGCCUCACCUGCCCUCCUGUACCCUCACCUCACCUGGCCUCACCUGCCCUCCUGUACCCUCACCUCACCUGGCCUCACCUGCCCUCCUGUACCCUCACCUCACCUGGCCUCACCUGCCCUCCUGUACCCUCACCUCACCUGGCCUCACCUGCCCUCCUGUACCCUCACCUCACCUGGCCUCACCUGCCCUCCUGUACCCUCACCUCACCUGGCCUCACCUGCCCUCCUGUACCCUCACCUCACCUGGCCUCACCUGCCCUCCUGUACCCUCACCUCACCUGGCCUCACCUGCCCUCCUGUACCCUCACCUCACCUGGCCUCACCUGCCCUCCUGUACCCUCACCUCACCUGGCCUCACCUGCCCUCCUGUACCCUCACCUCACCUGGCCUCACCUGCCCUCCUGUACCCUCACCUCACCUGGCCUCACCUGCCCUCCUGUACCCUCACCUCACCUGGCCUCACCUGCCCUCCUGUACCCUCACCUCACCUGGCCUCACCUGCCCUCCUGUACCCUCACCUCACCUGGCCUCACCUGCCCUCCUGUACCCUCACCUCACCUGGCCUCACCUGCCCUCCUGUACCCUCACCUCACCUGGCCUCACCUGCCCUCCUGUACCCUCACCUCACCUGGCCUCACCUGCCCUCCUGUACCCUCACCUCACCUGGCCUCACCUGCCCUCCUGUACCCUCACCUCACCUGGCCUCACCUGCCCUCCUGUACCCUCACCUCACCUGGCCUCACCUGCCCUCCUGUACCCUCACCUCACCUGGCCUCACCUGCCCUCCUGUACCCUCACCUCACCUGGCCUCACCUGCCCUCCUGUACCCUCACCUCACCUGGCCUCACCUGCCCUCCUGUACCCUCACCUCACCUGGCCUCACCUGCCCUCCUGUACCCUCACCUCACCUGGCCUCACCUGCCCUCCUGUACCCUCACCUCACCUGGCCUCACCUGCCCUCCUGUACCCUCACCUCACCUGGCCUCACCUGCCCUCCUGUACCCUCACCUCACCUGGCCUCACCUGCCCUCCUGUACCCUCACCUCACCUGGCCUCACCUGCCCUCCUGUACCCUCACCUCACCUGGCCUCACCUGCCCUCCUGUACCCUCACCUCACCUGGCCUCACCUGCCCUCCUGUACCCUCACCUCACCUGGCCUCACCUGCCCUCCUGUACCCUCACCUCACCUGGCCUCACCUGCCCUCCUGUACCCUCACCUCACCUGGCCUCACCUGCCCUCCUGUACCCUCACCUCACCUGGCCUCACCUGCCCUCCUGUACCCUCACCUCACCUGGCCUCACCUGCCCUCCUGUACCCUCACCUCACCUGGCCUCACCUGCCCUCCUGUACCCUCACCUCACCUGGCCUCACCUGCCCUCCUGUACCCUCACCUCACCUGGCCUCACCUGCCCUCCUGUACCCUCACCUCACCUGGCCUCACCUGCCCUCCUGUACCCUCACCUCACCUGGCCUCACCUGCCCUCCUGUACCCUCACCUCACCUGGCCUCACCUGCCCUCCUGUACCCUCACCUCACCUGGCCUCACCUGCCCUCCUGUACCCUCACCUCACCUGGCCUCACCUGCCCUCCUGUACCCUCACCUCACCUGGCCUCACCUGCCCUCCUGUACCCUCACCUCACCUGGCCUCACCUGCCCUCCUGUACCCUCACCUCACCUGGCCUCACCUGCCCUCCUGUACCCUCACCUCACCUGGCCUCACCUGCCCUCCUGUACCCUCACCUCACCUGGCCUCACCUGCCCUCCUGUACCCUCACCUCACCUGGCCUCACCUGCCCUCCUGUACCCUCACCUCACCUGGCCUCACCUGCCCUCCUGUACCCUCACCUCACCUGGCCUCACCUGCCCUCCUGUACCCUCACCUCACCUGGCCUCACCUGCCCUCCUGUACCCUCACCUCACCUGGCCUCACCUGCCCUCCUGUACCCUCACCUCACCUGGCCUCACCUGCCCUCCUGUACCCUCACCUCACCUGGCCUCACCUGCCCUCCUGUACCCUCACCUCACCUGGCCUCACCUGCCCUCCUGUACCCUCACCUCACCUGGCCUCACCUGCCCUCCUGUACCCUCACCUCACCUGGCCUCACCUGCCCUCCUGUACCCUCACCUCACCUGGCCUCACCUGCCCUCCUGUACCCUCACCUCACCUGGCCUCACCUGCCCUCCUGUACCCUCACCUCACCUGGCCUCACCUGCCCUCCUGUACCCUCACCUCACCUGGCCUCACCUGCCCUCCUGUACCCUCACCUCACCUGGCCUCACCUGCCCUCCUGUACCCUCACCUCACCUGGCCUCACCUGCCCUCCUGUACCCUCACCUCACCUGGCCUCACCUGCCCUCCUGUACCCUCACCUCACCUGGCCUCACCUGCCCUCCUGUACCCUCACCUCACCUGGCCUCACCUGCCCUCCUGUACCCUCACCUCACCUGGCCUCACCUGCCCUCCUGUACCCUCACCUCACCUGGCCUCACCUGCCCUCCUGUACCCUCACCUCACCUGGCCUCACCUGCCCUCCUGUACCCUCACCUCACCUGGCCUCACCUGCCCUCCUGUACCCUCACCUCACCUGGCCUCACCUGCCCUCCUGUACCCUCACCUCACCUGGCCUCACCUGCCCUCCUGUACCCUCACCUCACCUGGCCUCACCUGCCCUCCUGUACCCUCACCUCACCUGGCCUCACCUGCCCUCCUGUACCCUCACCUCACCUGGCCUCACCUGCCCUCCUGUACCCUCACCUCACCUGGCCUCACCUGCCCUCCUGUACCCUCACCUCACCUGGCCUCACCUGCCCUCCUGUACCCUCACCUCACCUGGCCUCACCUGCCCUCCUGUACCCUCACCUCACCUGGCCUCACCUGCCCUCCUGUACCCUCACCUCACCUGGCCUCACCUGCCCUCCUGUACCCUCACCUCACCUGGCCUCACCUGCCCUCCUGUACCCUCACCUCACCUGGCCUCACCUGCCCUCCUGUACCCUCACCUCACCUGGCCUCACCUGCCCUCCUGUACCCUCACCUCACCUGGCCUCACCUGCCCUCCUGUACCCUCACCUCACCUGGCCUCACCUGCCCUCCUGUACCCUCACCUCACCUGGCCUCACCUGCCCUCCUGUACCCUCACCUCACCUGGCCUCACCUGCCCUCCUGUACCCUCACCUCACCUGGCCUCACCUGCCCUCCUGUACCCUCACCUCACCUGGCCUCACCUGCCCUCCUGUACCCUCACCUCACCUGGCCUCACCUGCCCUCCUGUACCCUCACCUCACCUGGCCUCACCUGCCCUCCUGUACCCUCACCUCACCUGGCCUCACCUGCCCUCCUGUACCCUCACCUCACCUGGCCUCACCUGCCCUCCUGUACCCUCACCUCACCUGGCCUCACCUGCCCUCCUGUACCCUCACCUCACCUGGCCUCACCUGCCCUCCUGUACCCUCACCUCACCUGGCCUCACCUGCCCUCCUGUACCCUCACCUCACCUGGCCUCACCUGCCCUCCUGUACCCUCACCUCACCUGGCCUCACCUGCCCUCCUGUACCCUCACCUCACCUGGCCUCACCUGCCCUCCUGUACCCUCACCUCACCUGGCCUCACCUGCCCUCCUGUACCCUCACCUCACCUGGCCUCACCUGCCCUCCUGUACCCUCACCUCACCUGGCCUCACCUGCCCUCCUGUACCCUCACCUCACCUGGCCUCACCUGCCCUCCUGUACCCUCACCUCACCUGGCCUCACCUGCCCUCCUGUACCCUCACCUCACCUGGCCUCACCUGCCCUCCUGUACCCUCACCUCACCUGGCCUCACCUGCCCUCCUGUACCCUCACCUCACCUGGCCUCACCUGCCCUCCUGUACCCUCACCUCACCUGGCCUCACCUGCCCUCCUGUACCCUCACCUCACCUGGCCUCACCUGCCCUCCUGUACCCUCACCUCACCUGGCCUCACCUGCCCUCCUGUACCCUCACCUCACCUGGCCUCACCUGCCCUCCUGUACCCUCACCUCACCUGGCCUCACCUGCCCUCCUGUACCCUCACCUCACCUGGCCUCACCUGCCCUCCUGUACCCUCACCUCACCUGGCCUCACCUGCCCUCCUGUACCCUCACCUCACCUGGCCUCACCUGCCCUCCUGUACCCUCACCUCACCUGGCCUCACCUGCCCUCCUGUACCCUCACCUCACCUGGCCUCACCUGCCCUCCUGUACCCUCACCUCACCUGGCCUCACCUGCCCUCCUGUACCCUCACCUCACCUGGCCUCACCUGCCCUCCUGUACCCUCACCUCACCUGGCCUCACCUGCCCUCCUGUACCCUCACCUCACCUGGCCUCACCUGCCCUCCUGUACCCUCACCUCACCUGGCCUCACCUGCCCUCCUGUACCCUCACCUCACCUGGCCUCACCUGCCCUCCUGUACCCUCACCUCACCUGGCCUCACCUGCCCUCCUGUACCCUCACCUCACCUGGCCUCACCUGCCCUCCUGUACCCUCACCUCACCUGGCCUCACCUGCCCUCCUGUACCCUCACCUCACCUGGCCUCACCUGCCCUCCUGUACCCUCACCUCACCUGGCCUCACCUGCCCUCCUGUACCCUCACCUCACCUGGCCUCACCUGCCCUCCUGUACCCUCACCUCACCUGGCCUCACCUGCCCUCCUGUACCCUCACCUCACCUGGCCUCACCUGCCCUCCUGUACCCUCACCUCACCUGGCCUCACCUGCCCUCCUCGAGGGAGAGCGGAUUCAGGGCAUGCUGGACGUGAAGCAGCUCAACAGCAGCAGGGUGCUGCUCGCUGGAUGUUCGGUGAACACUCAAGGUGCAGCCACGUGUGCAGGUAGGUGCAGCCACGUGUGCAGAGAGCGGGAUUGCCAAUUGUGUGACCGGCAGGAAUGUGAGUGCAAGGAGUGUGCUGGAAAGAUGCCUGGUCAGGUGGGAUGGAGAGCAGGGAGAAUGACGACAAUCGGGAGAGAGUGUGGUGGAGGUAUGAUGAGAGGGAGGGGUGGUAACAGAGGCAGCAGGAGGGUGGACCAUGGAUGGAGGAGCGACACAGAGGAAUGGCGGAUGGAUGGGGAUGAAGAUGAAGCAGCGGAGGCUGGGAGCGACAGGGAGAGACGGAAUGUGCGGGCUGCAGUGAGCGACAAUGCUGCAGUGGCAGGAGUGGAGGGGGAACAAGGGAUGAAGUCGCGACAGAGGAGGGGACAGGCGAGAAGGGGGGGGACAGUGAGUGCUGGUGCUGGCAAUAUCACAGGCAGUAUUGCAAAGGUAUUCCGCGACGACUCAUCUCGUCCGUGCAGUGGCCCCCUCAUCCAAUUAGCCGAGGACAGCUGGCGCGAGCGCACUGGUGCAGGCCUGUCAGGAUUGGGCAAGGCAGGUUCAGACGGUGCUGCUGGCAGCGGCAGCGAUGGUGGUGGAGGUGUUAACCGUGUGUUAUGGCUGCGGCCAAUAACGGUGGCAGCCAUGCGGGCGGCGAAGCUGCAGACGGAGGGGGGGCAGCACCAGGAUGGCGGAGGAGCUAUAGCAAUGCAACGAGCUGCAUGUUGCCUUGUGCUGCUGCUUGCUGUGAUUAGUCUGGUUACCACAGCAGCAUCGGCAGUCUCUGAUGUCUCCACCACCAGCUGCUGUCUUUUACCGUAUUUCAAAUUGCAUUUGGUUUUGGAAGAUUUUGAAUCAAGGCUGCCAUCGUGA